AUGCUCGCAAACUCUCUAACUCGCGAAGUUGGGCUCAAAGUCGGGCCUGUGCUUCUGGAAGUGCUGGUCAAACAUUACUUUGACCGUUUGAAGAAAGAUCCAAACAGGAGAGGGACCCUGCCAGGGACUGGUCUUCGACAAGAAGAUGUCCUGUACGAUGAGGCAUUCACUAUAGUCAAGGCGUUUUUGAAUGCUGCAAGUUUACACACUGUAGAAGAACUCCAAGGCUUUUCCAACACCCGCACGCCCUCGCCCCCUUGGGUUCAUGUCGUCCGGAUACUGGUGCCAAUGUGCUCGUGUGAUGAAGCCGCAACAUAUCUUAUUAAAGCUUUAGGCGGAGAGGACAUUGCCCGCAAGCUUGUAGGAGGUGUGAAAUGGUGGCAGGUUCGCGGCAUUAAUGGUGUUGAUGGGCAAUGGAUUACGGCGAGGAAGGACUGGAAAGAAGCCAAGAGGCAACAUAAAAUGCGGAAAGGGCAAACCCAUGAGAGCCAGUCACACGAUUCGACUCCUCUCGCUGAAUCAGGCAAAGACCAAGGGCUUUACGAGAAGAACAUGGACACCAUGCGAUGCAUUCUUUAUCUCCACGGCGGUGGUUACUACUUUGGAAGUGUAGAUCAAGAGAGAUACAGCAUCCAACGGUUGGCCCGCAAAAUCAAUGGCCGUGUCUUUGCGAUCAAUUAUCGCCUUGCUCCGCAGUACCCAUUCCCUUGCGCGAUCCAGGAUGCUUUAGCCGCAUACCUUUUCCUAAUAAGACCACCUCCUGGGGCCGAGCAUCAAGCAAUCAAACCCGAACACAUUGUUAUUGGGGGUGACUCCGCAGGCGGCGGUCUUUCCUUGGCUCUGCUUCAAGUCAUCCGUGAUGCUGGAUUACCGUUACCUGCUGGUGGAUUACUGAUAUCCCCUUGGUGCGACUUGACUCACUCCUUCCCGAGCAUACAUACCAAUACGGCCACGGACAUCAUUGCUGAGUCUGGUCUCUCGUUCCACAAGCCAAGCCCCCUUUGGCCUCCUCCUUCGCCCGAAAUUUCCAAUCGUGUUCACGCAUCGCUCCGCCAUCGGAUUCGGCAGACGUUCAAGAUGCGUGACUCUCAGCCCUUUGAGCCCACCGCUACCGUAAUCUCUGAACGGCAAGUUUCCGGCGUGACCGAUACGUCCGUUGAAGUGGAAAGCACUAUGGCCGCUCCUCCAGUGGAGGCGACCGACCCUCAGAACAUCUUCCUAACAACACCCUCGGGUGAAAAGCUCGAAAUUAAUCAUCAAGUUCAUCUCUACACGCAAAACAGUUUGAUAACUCACCCUCUCGUCAGUCCGUCGUUAUCGUAUCUGGGUGGUUUGCCGCCGUUGUUGUUCAUUGUCGGUGACAAGGAAGUUCUGAGGGAUGAAAUUAUCUACACUGCACACAAAGCCGCCAAUCCUGAAAAUUAUCCUUUGACAGAUGCUGCCCGAGAACUAUACCCUCCCUUGGAAGCAUUGCAGAGUCAAAAUCAACCGACCUCCGUUCAUAUUCAAAUUUACGAUGAUACUGCCCAUAUUCUACCGAUCUUAUUUGCCUUCACGACGCCUGCUAAAUUCUGUUUUCGAGCUAUGGCGACAUUUUGCAAAUUUGUUACCCGGAUGCAAUCCUCGCCAUCAAUAAAUUCCAAUGGCCCGUUGUCCCCUGUCGCCCUUGCCAGGACCUUUUCUCCUGAACAGCAACCCCCAGAUUCGGCAGGAUCAUCAACCGCUACUAUUUCUCCUGCACAACAGUCCCCGACUGCGACUGGAUCUUACUUCCCCACAACGGGGGCUGUAACUCGGUCACCUACAACCAUUGCAUCUCGAAAAUCUUUGAGACGCACCCUCUCAAUUCAGAUGACGAGGGCGGGGACUGUUCUUCGAAGAAGGGCCACAACAACCAACUUAGUUCAGCAGGGCUCGCAGACAGGGGGGUCGUCUCCGUCUUCAAGUGAUGUGGCAGGUCCCCGAUUCAACGGUCAUAUGCACCCUGUCCCCAGCUUCGAAGGGGAGCGCGCUGCAGGCGAUCCGUGGGUUUAUCACACGAUUUCGAAUCCUUCAUCCUGGAAUUGUGAGAUAAUACGCGAGCGAGUCGAUAUUCGUGGCGUAAUACGCCCUAUGGAACCUCGACUUGAGAUGGAUGCCUUGCGGCUUCCAGCUGAACUCAUUGGGUCAAUAUCCGAACCUGUUAUACGACGCUUCAUGAAGUAUCGUGAUGUAUUCGAUAACAAGUUCUCACACACAGUCAAAUCUGUUGAGAGGCAUCGCCGUCAAAAUCUUGAACGGGCGAAGGCAGAUACAAUCAAGAGGAUGAGCAGCCUUCGGCAGACCCUCCGGAGAGACGUAAGGGCCCCAAGGUCGCCAGGGGAACAACGUCUCAAGGAAGGCUUGAUAUCUUCACCAGGGUGGGGCUGGGCUUGGGCAUUGGAUGAAGGGGAAGACCCACCGCCAAGCAGCUUGGUUUCGAGACGGGACACCGAGGAAGCAAGAAAGUUGGCGGAGAUAGCUGAUCAAGCAUUCCUCGGAGAGGAUCACAGAUUCAGCGGGAAUAAUUUAUGGUCAGUAGUGAUCAACUUUCUAACCGUCGCGCCGGGAAAGAAUCGAGAGGAUACGGAGGAGUUGGACGCACCAGAGGCGUCGCCUUUAGGGACGAGUCACCCCGCAGGAAAGCCAAGAUCUAAGAUUUCUCGCAUAAUGACAUGGGACGGCCAUCCCAGAAAGGGGAAUAGCAUAUAG